CCCGCGGCGUGGGACGGGCGCGGGCCCGUCACGUCAGAGCCGCGCUCGGGGCCGUGGUGGUGGCACGGGAGGUGUCGGGCCAGCUACAGCACAAAAGUCAAAUGUUGUUGUAAAGUUGAAGGAAUGAACACACGUUCCCUGACAUCUGACACUGAAGUGGGCAUCUGUAUUUUAUACAGCUGAAAUGACUGGUUAAAUCUGGAGACUUCUGAGCAAGGGAGAACAAAAAUACCCGGCAUGGCCUCAUCAUCAACACCUAAAUAUAAUUCAAACUCCUUGGAGAACUCCUCAAGUAAACGAUCUCUGAAAGAUGGGGCUAACUGGGAACAAAAUGAAGAAAUACCUCGUCUGCCAGGAGAGACCAGGGUUACAGACAAGGAUGUUAUUUAUAUGUGUCCAUUUAAUGGCCCCGUUAAAGGAAGAGUUUACAUCACGAACUACAGGCUGUACCUAAGAAGUGUGGAAAAUGAUCCAGUUGUGAUAUUGAAUGUUCCAUUGGGUGUAAUUUCAAGGAUUGAAAAAAUGGGAGGAGCUUCAAGCAGAGGAGAGAACUCUUAUGGCUUAGAUAUAACCUGUAAAGAUAUGAGGAAUUUACGGUUUGCAUUAAAACAAGAAGGGCACAGUAGAAGAGAUAUAUUUGAAGUCCUCACAAAAUAUGCAUUUCCCCAGUCACAUAACUUGCUUUUUUUUGCCUUUUUAAAUGAGGAAAAGUUUUCUGAAAAUGGGUGGAUGGUGUACAACCCAAUGUCUGAAUACAGGAGACAGGGGCUGCCUAAUGAACGGUGGCGAGUGACUUUCAUUAAUGAGCAUUAUGGGCUGUGUGACACAUACCCAUCUCUCUUGGUCGUGCCAUACAAUGCAACAGAUGAUGAUCUCAAGAAAGUUGCUGCCUUUAGGUCCCGAAAUAGAAUCCCGGUUCUCUCAUGGAUUCAUCCAGAGACCCAAGCUGUAAUCAUGCGCUGCAGUCAGCCCCUGGUUGGAAUGAGUGGCAAGCGGAAUAAAGAUGAUGAAAGAUACCUUGAUGUCAUCAGGGAGGCCAAUGGGCAGAUCUCCAAACUGACCAUCUAUGAUGCAAGGCCCAAUGUCAAUGCAGUUGCAAACAAGGCAACUGGGGGAGGAUAUGAAGGUGAAGAUGCAUAUCCCAAUGCAGAACUCUUCUUUUUGGACAUUCAUAAUAUUCAUGUCAUGCGGGAAUCUUUGAAGAAGCUGAAAGACAUUGUUUAUCCUAAUGUGGAAGAAUCACACUGGUUGUCAAGUCUGGAAUCAACCCAUUGGUUAGAACAUAUAAAGCUCGUUCUGACAGGAGCCAUUCAGGUGGCAGACAAGGUGUCAUCGGGCCGGAGCUCGGUGCUGGUUCACUGCAGUGACGGCUGGGACCGCACGGCUCAGCUCACCUCCCUGGCCAUGCUCAUGCUGGACAGCUACUACAGAACCAUUGAAGGCUUUGAAGUUCUGGUGCAAAAAGAGUGGAUAAGCUUUGGACACAAGUUUGCAUCGAGAAUAGGCCAUGGUGAUAAAAAUCAUGCUGAUACAGACAGAUCACCCAUCUUUCUCCAGUUUAUUGAUUGUGUGUGGCAGAUGUCUAAACAGUUUCCUACUGCCUUUGAAUUCAAUGAGCAGUUCCUGAUUACAAUCCUGGAUCACUUGUACAGCUGCCGAUUUGGCACUUUCUUGUAUAACAGCGAGUUUCUCAGAGAAAAAGAGAAAGUGACUGAGAAAACAUUAUCGUUAUGGUCUUUGAUAAACAGUGAAAAAUCUAAAUACACCAAUCCUUUUUAUAGUAAAGAGGUAAAUCGAGCACUCUAUCCAGUAGCCAGCAUGCGGCAUUUAGAGCUCUGGGUCAAUUACUACAUCAGGUGGAACCCAAGGAUUCGGCAACAACAGCCAAACCCUGUGGAGCAGCGUUACAUGGAGCUCCUUGCAUUGCGUGAUGAUUAUAUCAGGAGACUUGAAGAGCUUCAGAUCACAAAUAAUUCUAAGAUAUCCAAUUCAUCAGCCUCAUCAACAUCUCCCUCACAAAUGGUGUCCCAAGUACAAACACACUUCUGAAGAAAAUACUGGCUUCUUUCCAUACUGUAAUAGCAAGUGGUGCUUAACAUAGAUCUGUAGUAUAAAGAGGAAUAUUCUAAUGCCUUACACUAGACUGUCUGAACACAAAUUAUUUUAGACUAUCUUCAUUUGAGGAGGACUUGACAGCAAACCCAACUCUUCAAUUACGUGCCUUUCACAACCUGUGGACUGGGAACAUGAAUCAACUCAUAGCUAUGGAGGGCUAUAAGAGUUAUUUUGGUAGGUCUGGUACAAUUGAAAUUAAAUUGAUUUAUUGUUUUUGUAAGAAUGCUUUAAUUUAUUACAUUUUAGGUCAUGUUUCUGUAAGGAAAUUCAUGCUCAGUCUUGCAUGUCAUGAAUAAACACAACAAUGGCAAUAGGAAUACUCACAUUUUAUAAAAUUAGGUAUGUCUGUAUUCCUCUUAGGAAUACAUGCAUGGAGUUCAUGAGAGAAAGAAAUUCUAUUGCAAGAUGUGAGAGAGAAGUUUUGAAACGUUAAUUACCCGAGAAUUUCAAAUUUUCCUGUUUUUAAAUAAACAGAAAUAUGGAAGGCAUUUCACUGAUAUGCUUCUAAAUUAAAAAUUCAAAUAGCUCAGUAGAUAUCAAAAGAAACUUUUUAAUUUUAAAUUAUUUUUAUUAAAAAAAUGAACGUUGUACUGGAUUCUGAGAAGGUUUGUUUGGGCUAGCUGUUCAGCACUAAAGUACAGUACUAAUUAUCACUGUGGGCAGUAUUGGUUCUUUGGAUUAAUACAGAAUUAGAUGUUUCCAAAAGAAGGUUUAUAUAAGAAACAGAACCACAGAGACAUUGCUUAAAUAUCCAGCAAUAGCCAUAGUAUUAAAGCUUCUAUUGACCUUCUAAAAAUAAAUGUGCCUGUUUUAAAGGAGCUUUUAUACCAAAGUAGACAACAAUUCUCAGCUAUAAAUAAUUUUAAAGACUUGUACAUUUAUAAUUUACUGUUUAAUUUAACUCCUGUAGAGCAAGUUUAUUCUAAAGUAUUUUUAGGGGCUUUGGUAUCCAAGAUUUGCAUAUAGUGUGUGCACUUAUACUGAACAUCCAAGUGAGCUCUAGUUUCAAGCCUACCUUUCAGAGGCUUUUUGUAAAUCUUUAAUACGUUCCUUUCAGGUAUUUUUUAAAUAGCUGCAAGUGUUUCUUACCACAGCACAAUCUUUGCUCUUGAUAUUUAAUUAAAAUUUUGCAUAUUCUGGGAAGUUUAAUGGUAUUCAGGCAAUCCAGGAAAUACUGCAAAUCAGAAUCUGUAAAGAACUCUUAUAUUGUUAUUUUAAAGGAAAUAUUUUGAUGCUUGAGGCUUCUGUCAUUGUAAAUUAUUGUAUAUGCCGUGAGUUUUGAUCUGCAAGAUAUAACAGUAUUAUAUAUAAAUUAAGUUUUGUGUGAGUGUAUAUAAUAUAGUUUAUGAGAAAUUCUGCAAGUUUAUGAAGUGUAAAUAUUUUGCAUAUGAAAACUAAAUUUAAAGGUAUAGCUCCAUAAAAAUAAAUCAAAGUUUAGAGGACAUUAAAUAUUUAAAACAGUAUUUUUUCAAAGGAAUAAAUAUGUACCACCUCUGGAUUUAAUUCAGUAUAUGCACUGAGUUGCACUAUAUUUUCAGGGAAGUUCAGGGCAUAUAGCAUGUAUGUUCUAAAUAUGCAGAAUUAUAUUACUUCUGUCCUCUAAAUAUCAUUCUCCCAUCUAUACUCUCCAGUAUAUGUAUUCAAAAUAACAAUGUUGUCCCCCAAUAUUGACUUGUUAAAGUAAGAUUCAUUACAUCAGAUAAAUGAAGAAGGAUACUCAUUUGUUCAUGAUGUAUUUUACAUUUUGAAAGCUAUGCAUAUUCUGGUAUAUUUGCCUUCUACUUAUUUGUGGUUUAUUAAAAAAAAAGCUAUUUUAAUGAGAAUA